AUGACGGAACGCAUCAAAUUCUCAGGAAAAGGCAGAGAUAGGGGCGCCGCCGUCGGGGAAAUCUUUUGUCCACCUAUAGUCCUCCUCAACGAUGCCGACGCUGCGCUCAGUGCUGAGAUGUGGGCUGGGGCCGCCCGAGGGCAGCUUGGCGUUGUGAUGCUAACACUAGGGACUGGAAUAGGGGUGGCAUUGGCUUUAAAUGGGCAAGUGUGGUCCGGAUCGCGAGGCUUAGUGGAGGGAGGCCACAUGGUCGUGGAGAAAGGGGGCCGUGCUUGCGGUUGCGGGCAACUUGGGUGUUUGGAAAUGUACGUCUCGGCCUCGGCAGUCAAACGCCGAGCAGAAGAGCUCGGGUUCAAGAAAAAACGGGUAAAGGCGUCAGAUAGAGGUAAAACCGGUUGUCUCAGAGUGAGUGGGGAUGAUAAAACAGUGGAAAACCGGAAGGAAAGAUCUGCUAAGAUAGAUAUAGAAAGACAAGCAAAAGACGAUAUAGGAAGCUCACAUAGACGUGAUAGAGAUUCGGAAGAGGAAAGUGAAGCAGACGAGGUACCGUUCACAUCAAAGGAUGUCUUUGAGGCUGCUUUGUCGUUAGGUCGCAACGACCCUCCGCCUGACUCACUGGCCAUGCAAGUUGUCGAGGAGGUUGCUGAUUAUCUGGGCCUUGGAUGCCUAAAUUUAUGUCGGGUCGUGGAUCCAGACCUCAUUUUGUUUGCCGGAGGUAUGAGCGGAGCGGGCCCCCUCUUUUUAGAUAUGGUAAAAGCAAGGUUCAAUUUCUACGGUUGGCGCAUUCUCCCAAACGAUGUAGACUUCAAGGUUGCGACUUUGGGUGGCGAUUCAGUCGGGGCUUGGGGGGCUGCAAGAGCCGCAAGUUUGAGGGUCAGGGGCAAAGAGGACGAAAAUAUCUCGAAAGAAAAGAAACUUUCUUUCUUCGAGUGCUCGGACUUAUGGCUUUGCAAUCGUUCGCCCGUGAUGUUCGAUACGAAGGCCAAGCCUACUUAUCUAAAAGCGCCCUUCGACGGCGUGGUAACUGCACUGGGCUUAGGAGGGCUUUCUCUGGUAUUCCUUCGCACAAUGACAGGUUUCGGUGACAUGGCUUUCGGCGUGAACAAAGUGGAGGUGCAGUAAAAUUGAGAUUCGUAGUGAACAUGACUCCAGGCUGCUACGUGGCACGAAUUGAACGGGGGGGGAAGAUUGAAGAGCAAUCAGAUUUAAAAUAUUGACGUCUUAGGUCAAAUCAAUUGCGUAUGUGACUUUUUUUGUUGUACCUUGUUCGUAUCACAUUGACAUGAAAAGUAGUGUUGGGUGUCUGCUGUCUGGGGACCACCCCAGGCAAGAGCGGGGUCGAUGGUUUGAUCACACAUUAAACACUCCUACUUGCCGGCCGCGAAAGUCAGUGUAUGGAACAAGAACACUUUAACGUAUCCGGGCAUUCAUAGGUUCGGGGAAACAGCCACUUAUGACGAAUAUCUAGAUGAUUUUACUGUCUCGAUUUACUUGCUCGAUAAAGGCAUGAUAAAUAGAUCACACUCAUGCCCGAAAAGCAGCCAAUAGAAAGCUCACCCGCAUCUGUCACUAAGCCGUGGAAAGAUAUUGUACAGGGACGGGUA